GGGAGGCGGCAACAUUGUUUCAAGUUGGACAAAUUGACAAGAGCGAGAGAUACACGGCGUUCCAUCGCGACCCCGGGCCUCGGUGCUGGGUCCGGUAUCCUGCUCGGACGCCCACGAGAGCCCGGGCCCGCUUUCUGCAGGGUUCCCAGGUCCCGGCACCCCAGCUCCACGGCCGGGGCUGACCCGGCUCGCUUAGCGCUUCAUGGAGAACUUCCAAAAAGUGGAAAAGAUCGGAGAGGGCACGUACGGGGUGGUGUACAAAGCCAAGAACAAGUUGACGGGAGAAGUGGUGGCGCUCAAGAAAAUCCGGCUGGACACUGAGACUGAGGGUGUACCUAGCACCGCCAUCCGGGAGAUUUCCCUGCUGAAGGAGCUUAACCACCCGAAUAUAGUCAAGCUGUUAGAUGUCAUCCACACCGAAAACAAACUGUACUUGGUGUUUGAAUUUCUGCACCAAGACCUCAAGAAAUUCAUGGACGCCUCUGCCCUCACUGGCAUUCCUCUUCCCCUCAUCAAGAGCUAUCUGUUCCAGCUGCUACAAGGCCUGGCUUUCUGCCAUUCCCACCGAGUGCUGCACCGGGAUCUAAAACCGCAGAAUCUCCUCAUCAACACAGAGGGGUCCAUCAAACUGGCCGACUUCGGACUUGCCAGAGCCUUUGGAGUGCCUGUUCGGACUUACACCCAUGAGGUGGUGACCCUGUGGUACCGAGCACCUGAGAUCCUCCUGGGCUGCAAAUACUACUCCACCGCCGUAGACAUCUGGAGCCUGGGCUGCAUCUUUGCUGAGAUGCACCUAGUGUGUGCCCAGCACCAUGCUGGGCGCCCUGGGGAACACAGAAGAAAUGGAAGACACAGUCUGUGCCCGCUGUGCUCCUAUCUAGAAGUGGCCGCGUUACAUGGAAGGGGCAUGAUCGCAGUGUCUACCCCACAUCCCGUGACCCGCCGGGCCUUGUUCCCUGGUGACUCUGAGAUUGACCAGCUGUUCAGGAUCUUUCGGACACUGGGGACCCCGGAUGAGGUAGUCUGGCCAGGAGUCACUUCCAUGCCAGAUUAUAAGCCGAGUUUCCCCAAGUGGGCACGGCAGGAUUUUGGCAAAGUGGUGCCUCCCCUGGAUGAAGAUGGACGGAACCUGUUAUCGCAAAUGUUGCACUAUGACCCCAACAAACGGAUUUCGGCUAAGGCAGCUCUGGCUCACCCCUUCUUCCAGGACGUGACCAAGCCAGUGCCACACCUCCGGCUCUGAGACGUCGUUGCCCAAGUUCUUAUACCCCCAACCCCACAGUGUCACCCUGUCCUCUGGUAUGGGCCUGACCCGGCUGGGCCCUCCCUGGCUAUUAGGACUCUAGUAGUCCUCUGAUCUUGUUCGGCAACCUUCACCUUCACCUUCCACUCUUGGCCUGCCGACUUUGGGCAGAAAAGGGCUGAGGGGAGGAAUAGGUGAGAAUGAAAGGAAGGUGCAGCAUUAUACGCACUUAGGGCAGUGCCCACCACUCUCGGCCCUCCUGGCAGUCAUUCCUGAGAAAAGGGCUAGUAUUGAAAAAUACCGGAACUGCCUGUCCCCUCCCCGCAACAAGUUUGUCAUCCCAAUUUCUGAAAGCCCCAUAAUUCUGAUUUCUCAAAUUUGAGUUGACAGGGACCAUCUAGACUCCUGCUGACAUCAUUUUUGUAAAGGUUCACCACCAACAGGGAGUUACUUUGGAGCGUUGGAGAACCAAGCCAAACGAAAUCAUGGGGAGGGAUCGGUUGUAAAGAAGUCAGGUGCAAACACAGAUCAGUCAUUUUACACCCUGCUUGGUUACGGCUUUACCUCACGAAACGACAGGUUGGUAGACUCAGGACUGGGUCCCAGUGAGGGGCUGCAGAAGAAAUGACUGCCCCCCAUCCCUUGUCCCUCUCUCCAUCCCUUCCACCGGCCGGAGCAAUCUGAAAGGCUCUAAGACAGGACUGUGCCCCACUCCCAUCCAUUACAGCCUCGUGAGGCCAGUGAGAGGUGUCUGGGCUUUUCCCUUUAGGAGUCUCAGCUGUCUUAGUUGCCCUGCU